AAAUGACAGAAGCCAGUUCCUCCUGAACGUGCGGGAUUCAUCCUCCCCUCUACUUGGCCACAUUUCACCAUCAAGGUGGCAGAUUUGAGAAGAUGCUCCAAAGCAGGCUUCUACUGUAUGCUUUUUGCAUCCUGGGCACCCUAUGGUAAGCUGAUAAGGAGAUUUUCCAGAACAACAUUUCUUUUCCUAAUGCUAUCACAACCAUGGCUGUCCUGAACGUCAGAUUCACCAAAACAAAGAGAGAUAAAUUGGCUCAAAUCCUGUGGCUCUCCAACUGGAUAUCAAUGGUGUCUGGUAUAAUUUUGUUCAGCCUGGGACUCUUCUUGAAGAUAGAAAUCCGGAAGCGCAGUGAACUGAUGGCCAAAGGAGACCUUACCUCUGCCCCUAACAUGCUUAUCUCCGUAGGGGUCAUAGCAUGUUUCAUCAAUUUACUUGGAGGAAAAAUCUGUUAUGACUGCACAGACGUUGAUAAAUUUAAUCGGUGGAAAUUAGUUGUGCUCCCAUACAUUGUAUGCACAUUCUGCUUCACCUUCUGCAUAUUAGGCGGGGCAGCUUUGUGUUACACUAUGAGGAAUGAGCUGGAGGAAUCCCUGUAUCUGGGACUGAGAGAUGCUAUUAGGUUCUACAAAGACACAGACAUUCCUGGACGCUGUUUUUUAAAGAAAACUGUAGACAUGUUACAAAUCAGAUUCCAGUGCUGUGGAAACAAUGGCUUUAGGGAUUGGUUUGAAGUUCAGUGGGUGUCAGUUCGCUAUCUGGAUAUGACUUCCAAGGAAGUUCUAGAUCGCAUAAAUAGUAACAUUGAUGGGAAGUUCUUGGUGGAUGGGGUGCCUUUCAGCUGCUGCAAUCCGAACUCCCCUCGGCCUUGUAUUCAGUACCAAAUCACCAACAACAGUGCACACUACAACUACAAUGUUCGGACGGAAGACCUCAAUAUUUGGAUGAAAGGCUGCAGAGAGGCUGUACUGGAGUAUUACACUGCGAUCAUGAAAUUCAUUGCUGCCUCUGUUUUACUCAUCUGGUUGUUUGAGCUGUCUGUGCUCAUAGGGGUCCGUUACCUUCAAACUGCAAUGAGGAAUGUUGUGUUGCUAGGUGAUCCACAAAGUGACUCAGAUGGCUGGUUAUUUGAGAAUAACUUUGUUGAAACUGCCAAAUAUAACAUCAACAUCAUUAAACAGCUUGGCAAAGCCAAUCAGGUAUCCACAGUCUCGGGAAUGAAUGACCCCAAUAUGGAUAUCCAAACUGCAAACCAUGGUCCAAAGAACAUUCCAACAGAAUCCAUUCCAAAACCUUAACUGGAUGUAGAUGAAGACUGUAAUAUGAUUGGGCAAUUCAAUCUCUACAGUGCAUUUAUCCCAUUUUUUAAAAGGUGAGAAUUAAAUCAUAAUCUCAGGAGUGGUGUAGGUAAAGCAUAUUCUGGCACCAGGACCAAGCACAGGGAUUUCUGGCAUAUGGUUGGAUUUCAAUCUGCUAUCCAGAGCUUCUGCAUCUACAGCUUUAUUCUGGCCCAAUCCUACUCGUUUUUACAAUGCAUACAGAGUGAUGGCAUGGAAUUCAUAGUAUUCUGUCUUUCUUUGGCUGAUUCCGCAUGGGCCAAAAACAGCAGUGUGAAAACAGUGUGAAACCAGUAUAAACCCUUUUACACCAUUUUAAACCCUUUCACACCAUUUUCACACUGGUUUCACACUGCUAGUUUUGACCCAUGCGGAACCAGCCUUUCAUUUUACAUUAUACAAAAAUGAAAAAAUGUGAACACUAAGAAAAAGAUUGUUGAUAUAAAUGACAGAGUGGACAACUGUUCCAUAUGUAACCAGAUUAUGAAUAAUUUCUUAGUCAUCAUUACUAUGCUAUGUCAGUAUUUGCAUCACAGUGAUUCCCAUUAAAUCCAACUGCUCGCUUUUGAUUUCCUGCCACCAAGAGGUUCUCCUUGAAUUUUGUAAUCUAACAGAUUUUAUUUCUCUCUGAAUGAACAUUCCUUUACCUACUGUAUUCCUGUAAAGCUUUCUAAUCAUGAACAUUCUCCAAUCUUAUUACAAGCUUAUAAUGACAGGAAAAUCCCUUAAAGCAGUCACAGGCUUUCUUCAUUUGGAAGACAUAAUUCCUUUAUGAUAUCACAAUUAUGAAGUGAAUUAUGAAGUGGUUAGCAACAAAUCCCAAUUCAAAACGUAUUACAGUGCUUCAGAGUAAAUUUACAUACUAUUACAGCCUGUCUAUUCACUGAAUAUAGCAGAAACUGAAGAAAAUAUAAAUUAAUCUUUAAUAAUUUAUACAUAGUUCUAAAAAAGAUACUUUAAUCUGCAAUCACACCUUUAAUCUUACAGUUGAAAAUAAGUGACCAUGUCUUUAAAUGGAGAAAAGCAAUAAAAAACAACAGAGUACCAUUUAGUCUAUCACAGAAAAAUACACAUGCUCAAGCUUUCAAUAUAGGAUUUAGCAUAUUCUGAAUUUUGUGCAUAUUAUGGAUAAAUCAAAUAGCAGGUAGCAUCAGUUCAUUGUGUAAUAUUAGCCUACAGCAGAGAAAUACAAUUUGUGACAAACUACAGCCUCUUAUAAAGGUUGAUUGAUAUGGUAAUUUCAAAUAAUGGAAGAAAAAGGACACACUUAUUAUGUCGCUAGGAUACGGGUCAGAUCACUUGUAGAUUAAAGUGUGAGGUUUGAUUGGAUGUGAUGAAUUUAAAUAAUUGCACUUUGUUCCUUAUAAAAAAAAUCUCAGCUUUGACAAAUAAAAAAAUGAUCAUUUGUUGAACUAUUAGUAAAAGUUUUAUAAAUGUAGCCACUAGUCAGCACUCAUAAAGGACAAAAAUAACCUAACCACAUUAAUCCACACACAUUAAUGUGCAUUGGGUAUUUAAUUAGAUUGUUUUCUUCUUUUAAGAUACUGCAUAACUUCUUCACUCUCUGUUUUUCUUCUACAAUAGUUAUUGUAUGUUGUCCUAAACACAAAUUAUGACACAUCAAAUCCUGUAAGUGAAGAAAAUGAUUUAUCCUUAAAAUAAGUGAUCAGUCAGUUAUUUUCUAUUUCCACAUGCACAGAUUAUUACAGUUUUCCCCAGUGUCAAACAUUGUGUCUUGGAAACAUUUUCUGUGAAAUCAUUUCAUGCACCUCCAUCUCGACCCCCUCCCCCCUUGACAUUUCCCCCCUUGGCUUUUCAGUUGUUGAAAAUAUAUUAUUCCUAAUGGUGGUAGGAUGUCAUCCAUGACACAGAAGAACAACCCUCCCCCUUUUUCUUUUGCACAGGUGCUCUAGCAUUACUGCAGUUACAUUGAAACGGCAAUUCAAAAAUGUCUCAGCCUCGAUUUCUACCAUUGAGAAUUACACAGAAAACAGAAGUUAAAAGACUUAUUUAUUUUUUAUUUAUUUAUUUUUUCAAUUUAUAUACCACCCGAUCCCCGUUACCUGAAGAAACAGGUACAACAGCCCCCCAAUUUUUCAGCCAAAUUAGGACUGCAGUAACACAAUCAUUACUGCAGCAGCCCCUUGUCAAUUUCACUCACUCCUAAUCUUUGUGUUAGAUUUUACAAGUGCCUGCU